CAGGAAUCCCCCCACGAACACCAACAAUCCCAACUUCUCUCACGCAUCAUCACCAACGUCGAAAAACUCAACGAAGCAAUCAUGGUCCUGAACAAAUCCCUCCAAGAAAUCAACGUCCAAAAUAUGAACAUUGAACUCGUCGCGCAAAUGUUCAAGAAUUAUCAGAGUAAUGUGCUUUUUCACUUGGAAGGUAUGUUGUCUACAUCUACAGCAUCAACAACAAACAACAACAAACCCAUCCCAUCCAAACCUUUCAACAUAUACCCUACUUCUCUCUAUAAUUGUACACGUACAUGUACAUGUACACGUUUACGAAAAAAGUGA